UAUUGGUUUUGUUUUUCAGGAUUAUCAAAGGAUGGCCAAACACAUAUACGUUCACGAAAGCAUUAGCGGAAAAAAUGUUGUUACUACUAGGCGAUGGAUUACCCAUAGUCAUCGUCAGACCUUCAAUAGUUACCGCAUCGUGGAGAGAACCGAUAUUAGGAUGGGUAGACAAUUUAAAUGGGCCGACGGGUCUGCUGGCUGGCGCCGGCAAAGGGGUUCUGAGGACACUGCUGUGUCACAAGGACUUGAUUGCUGACCUGGUCCCAGUAGAUAUAUGUAUCAACUUAUUAAUAUCGGCUGCCUGGUACACGGCCACCAAUAGGCCAAAGGGCAUAGAAAUCUAUCAUUGUACGUCAGGUACCACGAAUCCGAUUUACUGGAAAGACAUCGAACGGUUGGGCCAUGAGUUCAUAUUGGAAAACCCAUUUAGUGACAUUUUGUGGUAUCCUGGUGGCAGUUUCAAAAGCAACAGAGUCGUCAACUAUUUGUGUGUAGCAGCUUUUCAGAUGGCCCCUGCCUACGUCAUUGACGCGCUCGCCAAAAUUACCGGUAGACAACCGAGAUUAGUUCGAAUUCACAAACGGCUUCAGAAGGCGGUGUCAUGUCUAGAAUUCUUCACCACGCACGAAUGGAAUUUCAAGAACACAAACGUGCAGAGACUAUUCACCGAACUUGACCCCAAUGACCAAAAGACAUUUUAUUUUGACGUGUCUCAACUGGAGUGGCGGAGCUACAUCGAGUCAUACAUAUGGGGUACCAGGCAGUUUGUCCUCAAAGACCACCCAAGCACUGUGCCCAACGCUAAAUUGCGAUUGAGACGAAUGUACUACCUGCACCGGACUAGCCAAAUGGUGUUUGUCGUGCUGGCAAUCAGAUACAUAUUACUAGGCAACAAGUCCAUCAGGCGGUUUUGGUAUUCGGCUCUGUGUUUCCUAAUAAAAUGUAUCAGUAACGCUACUUCUUCUCUCCGCCUGAUCUAAGCCGGAGACUCGCAUUCAAUAGAAUAAUAAUAUACUUUUAUUUUUAUUUUAUACGCAGUGGUGUCCGCUACGACAACGCAAUGACCGUAUAUUAUAAUGUAUAACUUAACACGCAAUAUACAUAAAUUAUAUAUUAUAAAAUUACAUUAUUUAGAUAUAUUUUUAGACGAUCGCGUAUUGCUCGACAAACUUAAUUCAAUCAAUCGUAUAGGUUAUUAUUAUAAUAUAUCAUCAUCAUGUAUAUCAACCGGCCGUAAAUAAUAUAUUAUACUGAUUUGUCUUGUUCCAAUGAUAACCUUCCUAAUCCCGUUAUAUACUACUAUUAUAUAUGCUAAGAUAGUAUUCAGUUAAUUUUUUUUUUCUUUUCUUUUCAAGUCAUAAUAAUAUAUUACCUACACCUAUGUAAUAAGUUCACUGAUGCAAUAUGUAUGUUUUUUUUUUAAUUAUCAUUACUAUCAUACUAUAUUUAUACCAUAUGCCAUACACCUAAUGGUUUCCGCCAAUUAGAGGUCGUUUUAAAUCUAAAAAUUACUUAUUGGCAUUACAUACCUAGAUAUGGUUAUGUUCAUUGAAAGACACUGUAAUAUUGUUGUGUGUCAUACUUAAUCUUCGGUUUUAGAAUUAAAAACAAACAAUGUACCUAUAUAACAUACCUACCUACCUAAAAGAUUAUGAUCGUUGGUUGGUAGUUUGAAAAUAAUCUAAACGAUCCAUUUGGUGAGGAUAUAGGAAUGAAUACGUCGUUUAUUAAUAUAUUAUAGGUAUAUAAUGAUAAUUAUUAUUUGUCCAUUGAUUUAAUAUUGUUAAUAACGUUAAUUAUAGCUGUUAUUAUUUGCCCAUACGUACCGAUAGUACGUGGUGUAAUGUAAUAACAUUUUAUAUUCGUGCUUUGAAUUGCAUUGCGAUAAUAUUAAUUAUAUUCAAUUGUAUGUACACUUUGUUAACUAUGUAUUUGAUUCCAUUGUUGGACAAUAAUUUCCAUUUUAUACGAAGGCCAUUUUAUAAUUAUGAUUUUAGCUGUUACGAUAAUUAGGGUUGAUUCUGAUAUGACAUUGUAAAAUAGUCAAAAACACCUAUAAUACAACCUUUCUAUUUGGACUCCUACAUAAUAUAUUCUACUCUUAAUUAAUAAAAUAACUUUCAUACUCAUUUAUUACGCACAUAAGCACUUGUAACGACACAAUGUAAUUGCGAUUAAUCCACGAAGGCAUCAUAUUAUAAUGUAGUAAUAUAGAAAAAAAAGCUGUAAAAGUAUUAAGUAGUUACGAGUAGUCACGUAGAUGUACCUACACCGAUAUAUAAAUGGAAUGCACCGGGAAUACCAACAUUGUAUUAGCUUAUUUUUAUGAGACACCUGCCUAGGUACGUAACCAUAUUGGUAUUACACAAACACAUACCGUAUACGUUUUUUUUGUGCUUCAUGGACUUUAUUUUGUUUUCAUCGACAAACUGUUUUAUAAUGGAUUUGGAUCAGUCACAGUACUUAAUAUAAAGUUUGUUUCAUCGCAUAUAAUGAGAAUUAUAUUGUACAACGUUUAACUUAUGUUUAGGUACCUAUCUACUCGAUUAAUCUUAGCAUAAAAUACUUUCCAUGGAUAUUUGUUUUUAAUGCAAUACAAUCACUGUUUAAUUUAAAAAAUAUAAGUAAUUGUAAAAAUAAGCAUAUCCAUUUAGAAUUAAAAUGUUAUAAACAUUAAUACAUUUUUUAUUAUUAUACUUUAUUGUGUUAAAUAAUAUUAUUUUAUAUAAUAUACAUUGGCGUAUUCACAAUUGGGGUUUUGGGUUUUAAAAAAAAAAACGUUGGGUACCUAUAAGUUAUUUAAUAUAAACAUGUUAUAAGACUCGGCUGUAGAUUUCUUUUUGUUUUCGGGACUAAUGAAUCGUCGAAUGUAAAAAAAAUGUAUGUUGUAACUAUACUAUGAGUAAACAGCUUUUUUACGACUGAAAUAGGUAGUCUUAAAUUAUAAAACCGUAGGUACAAACAAAUAUUUGUUAAAUAUGUCAUUGUAUACAGUGUAUAGGAACAAAUAUAUUAAGUACCUACCUCAAUAUUGUGUAACAACCAUAGAUGUUAUGCAGUACCUAUAUGUAAUAUGUUAUGUGUUCACAUGUUUCUUAGGAAAAACAUUUUUUUUUAAUACGCGCCUUAAAACAUACCUAUUAUUUUUUAACAUUCAUUGAAUAUUUGACCUACAGCGAAAUUUUAACAUAAGUGUGUUACUUACAAUAUUUAAUUUUAUAAGAGUAUUUUAUUAGAUAGAGUACUUAUGAUGUAAUGUACCUUUUAUUUGCUGGAUAUUUGAUAAUAAAUUAUAUUGUAUAGAAAAGUUAGACUAGACUAAUGAUUUUUGAUAUACUACACAAGUAGUUCAACUUCAACAGUGUCGUUGUAGUGUGAGCAUAUUUUCGUAUGUUGUUUUAUUAAAAAAUUGAAAUAUCGGUGGCCAAAUUGUAUUCUAUUGUUUAUAACGAAAGAAUAGCCAUUACAUUAUUACAAAAACAUGGUCUUAUACCAUCUACUUUUUUAUAAUGGUUUAAUCUAUGUAGAGAUGUAUGUUUGCAUGUUGCACUCGUUUUAAUACUCAGACACUUGUGAAUGUAUUCAAAUAGGUGACACGUAACUAAGAGUAAUACGUAAAUACAACUAAGGAUGUAUUUCACCAGGGGAACGACCAUCUGAAUCAGAUUUAUACGAAGAUACUGCACCUAAAACUACGAGAAAUAAUGGUAGACGUUUUUUUUAUUUUGAACACGACCCAAUGCGGUCUUGUUACACUUCUAUGUAUCUAUAUGUGUCUAAAAUUCAAAAUGAACUGUUAAGACUGUAUGAAAAUCUCUAAUCUUUGGAUUGAGUAUAAAAAUUAAACAGUAAAUCAUUGGAAAUAUUUUGUUAGUUCAAACACUGGUGCAACACACUAACAAUUUAGGCAGUGUACCUUGUUUUUAAAAUUUACUGUUAUGUACAAAUGCAUGGCACCAUCCCGGAAUUUUAUAUAUUUUAUUGCAUGGUA